AUGUCUAAUUCCUUCUCACUUUCUUCUCCUAAACUUGUAUUGUCCGUUGGACACACUACCAUGCAAGAAGCAGGAGCAAAUGAUGGUACUCAAAAGCUCAUCCCUAAGGCCGAUAGUUCUACUUCAAUCUUCCAAAAGAUGAUGGCAGAGCUUGUGGGCACAUACAUUCUUAUAUUUAUAGGCUGUGGGGCUGCUCUUGUCAACAAAAUACAACCUCUUACAAUCGUGGGAAUAGCAAUCGUAUGGGGUCUUGUUUUUAUGGCCGCAGCAUAUGCAGUUGGGCAUGUCUCUGGUGCACAUUUCAAUCCUGCAGUUACUAUUGCCUUGGCUGCUGGCCGCAUAUUUCCAGUCAAACAUGUACCUAUGUAUGUGAUGUCACAAUUGUCUGGUGCAACAUUAGCAAGCCUGACCCUCAGGCUGUUAUUUAACGACCAAGACAGUAUUCAAGCAACCAUGACUCAGUUCUCUGAUCCAACAACUUACCUGCAAGCCCUCACUUGGGAAUUCGUUAUCACGUUUACACUGAUGUUCACCAUUUGUGGUGUUGUCACUGAUGACAGAGCGGGCAAAAAUCUCUCUGGAAUUGCAAUAGGUGGUGCAUUUGUGGUGAAUGUCAUGAUUGCUGGGCCAAUCACUGGAGCUUCCAUGAAUCCUGCAAGGAGUUUGGGACCAGCUAUCGUCACUGGAGUUUACAAGAACAUUUGGGUUUAUAUUGCAGCCCCUAUUCUUGGAGCCAUUGCUGCUACUAUAGUGUACAGUGUGCUCAGGGUACCUAAGCUGGUAAAAUCUGAUGAAAAGGCUGAUCCAGUAAGAUCACAAGUUUGA